AUGGCUGAGUCGAUAACCAACGUCCUGUCGGCCCAAAAGCCAGCCGGCAUACCAUGGCGGCUCAAGACGGCGGAGCUCAUGCCCGACGCACAGUGGCGAAUGCUCUUGGCCAUCAUGGACGCAGUCGUGCCCAGCAUACAGAGGGAGUCGACAGCGCCGAAGCGGAAGUCUAGGUCAAUAGCCUAUAUCUCGGACGCCCGCUACCAAGAUGCAUUGUCCCAUCUGAGGAAGGACACGGUGCUGCUUGACCACGCAUCGGAGGAGGAGCUGAACAAGUACCUCUCGGAUAGGCCGACGGAUGACCUGUUGUUUCAGCAGGUUCUGAAGGGGAUGCUGCACCACGUACCGGAGGAGCUGACGACGUUGCUGUCACGGGUUCUGUAUAUACUCAGUCUCAUCCUCACCGGAUAUGCCACGCCCAUCACCAGGCUUCCCUUAGAGGACCGCACCAAGAUCCUCAACAGAUGGGCCAACAGCCACCUGUACCAGAUCCGUGGACUCUUCAGGCAGCUCACAACCUUGGGCAAGGUCAUCUUCAGCGCCACCAACCCAGCCUUCCACACCCUAUCCGGAUUCCCCACGACACCUCAGGGCUGGAACCCCCCAACAGGCUACCCCUACGAGUUCGUCCAAUUCCCACCUGCCCCAUCCCCGCCCUCUGGAUCGAAAAGCUCGUCGCAGCUCCCACCGGCCGAGAUCGAAACCGACGUGGUGAUAGUCGGCUCCGGCUGCGGCGCGGGCGUGUGCGCCAAGAACCUCGCCGAGGCGGGCCACAGGGUGCUCGUCCUCGACAAGAGCUACCACUUCGACGCGUCGUCCUUCCCCAUGGCCGCGGGCGAGGCCUUCUUCAACCUGCUCGAGGGCGGCUGCACGACGGCCAGCGACGACAACAGCAUCUCCAUCGUCGCGGGCUCGUGCUUCGGCGGCGGCGGCACCGUCAACUGGAGCGCGAGCCUGCAGCCGCAGGGCUUCGUGCGCGACGAGUGGGUGCGCGGCCGGGGCCUGGACUUCUUCGGCACGCAGGAGUUCCAGAAUUGUCUUGAUCGCGUGUGUGGGCAGAUGGGCGUGCACGAGGACUUUGAGCCGAACCAUGGGAAUGCGCUUUUGGUUGAGGGGGCGAGGAAGCUGGGUUGGUCUGCGAAGAAGGUCCCGCAGAACACGGGGCGGUGUGCGCAUGCUGAUGGGCACUGUGCGCUGGGCUGUUCGACCGGGGAAAAGAAGGGCCCGGUGAAUGGGUGGUACCCUGAUGCAGCGAGGAACGGAGCGAGGUUCGUCGAGGGAUUCAAGGUGAAGAAAGUCUUGUUCGAUGAGAGCGGGAGGAGGAAGGCUGUGGGUGUUGUUGGCACCUGGACAAGUCGUGGUAAAUAUAACAACACAGACGGGCCGGAUGAGGAGAAGAUCGUGAGAGAGGUAGUCGUGAGGGCAAAGAAGGUCAUUGUCAGCAGUGGCACGCUGUGGAGUCCUGUCAUCCUCAAGAACAGUGGCCUCAAGAACCCUCAAAUCGGCCGAAACCUCUACCUGCAUCCAGUCAACGUCCUGCACGGCUUCUUCAAAGACGACAUCCGGCCAUGGGAGGGCGGCAUCCUGACCACGGUCGUCAACACCUUCGAGAACCAGGACGGCAAGGGCCACGGCACCAAGCUCGAGUGCCUGUCCAUGAUGCCCUGCUUCGCCAUGCAGUUCCUCAACUGGAACGACGGCGUCGACUUCAAGCUGCUCGCCCUCAAGUACCGCCACAUGAACAGCUACAUCUCCAUCGUGCGCGACCGCGACACCGGCUCCGUGUACCCGGACCCGGCCUCCGGCCAGCCCCGGAUCGUCUACACGCCCUCUGCCUUUGACCGCGCCCACGCCAUGAUCGGCCUCGUCGCCCUCGCCAAGAUCCUCUACCUGCAGGGUGCAAUCGAGAUCCACGCGGGGCUCCCCGGGUUGAGGCCUUUCAUCCGCGACGAGGCAUCCCCUCACUCGGCUCCCUCACCCGCAACCCCGACAGAUGAUCUCGUCAGCACAGUGUCCGACGCGGGCGUAGCCGACCCGCGCUUCAAGGCCUGGCUCGCCGAGCUCGAGAGGCACGGCAACAAGCCGCCCGUGGCCACGUGCUCCGCCCACCAGAUGGGCACGAACCGGAUGAGCACGUCCGAGAGGACCGGCGUGGUCGACCCGCGCGGCCGCGUCUGGGGCACCGAGGGCCUGUACGUGAGCGACGCGAGCGUGUUCCCCAGCGCGAGCGGCGUCAACCCCAUGGUGACGAAUAUGGCCAUCUCGGACUGGAUCUCGAGGAACGUGGCGGGCGAUCUUGCGAGUGACGGACCCGGGGAAAGGGCGAGACUUUGA